GGUGUCCAGCAGACAGUUGAUUAUGAAAGGAAGUUACUUAAUAAAGAAAACCCCUUCCCAUUUUCAUGCUGUCAGCAAUGGCACCACAUGGAAGAGAAAAAUCACAAGGCCUGAGAAAGAAAAUAAUUUCUUUCUACAAGAAAGGUGAAGGCUACAAGAAUAUCAUCAAAACUUUACUUAUCAGUCAGAAUACUGUAGCUAAAGUGAUACAAACAUUUAACAAAGAUGGAACUGCAACCAUCUCACAGAGAUGUCCAGGCCAUCCACAGAAGUGACACAAUAUGGCAUACACUGCAGAGGAAUGGCAUGCAUGGGUGUCGUCCAUGAAGGAAGCUUCUCCUAAAA